CUUCAACAAAGCUUCUUUGUCACUCACAACACACGAGAAUAACAAAGGCUAAAUAUAUUUGAAAACGCAUGAUAGAACAUUUCAAGACAAUAAUAUCAUCCAACAACAUUCAUUUCAAUAAGACUAAUAAUCAUCACUCAUAAAAUGACCAGUCAAGUUUUCUUCCAAUACCUUAAUGUGCAAAUGCUUCAAGUGCUAUUGAAUGAAACAACCACUCUCAAUCCAACAAAUGGUACUUCAAACUCUACUGUUAUUGAUUCAAACUUGGAUCAGGAAGGUCUUUUGGCAAUGGUUUAUCCAGUCAUUUCUUCCUUGUAUUUUAAUGUAAUCUUUAUGGGCUUGUGUGCCUCUUUAAUUUCAUUCACCAUUACUCUCAUUAUUGAACGUGCAGGUUCAAGAGUUGGUGGUGUCAUCUCCUCUAUUCCAACUGCUGUUGUUCCAUCAACUUUGGGUUUUGCAUUGGAUGCUCUCUUCAAGUUUGGACAAGACAGUACCACUAGACAACAUGUCAUGACCAGAGGGUUCUUUACUAUUCCAAUUGGUACCUUUAUGACUGCCAUCUUUUUAUUGUGUUGGAAGGUGCUUCCUCCACACAUUGAUCAACUUGUUGUGAAACGUUGGAGAAGAUUCAUUUCCUCAAAGAUUGAGCAAUUAAAGUCCAAAGCAAAGACAUCCAAUUCAAAGAUUGAAGACUUGGAUGUUAAUUCAUCUCAACCUUCUACUACCAUUGAAGUCGUCAACAAGAACAAUGACCAAGAAGGUGAGAAAUUGAAAGAAUCCACUGAGGUGCCACCAACUCCAACUGCUUCUUCCACUAAUGAAGAGGAAUCUUUGCAACAAGAAGACCUGACCAAUGUAAUUAUCCUCUCUGAAAAGGACGAAUCACCAAAUGAAUCAUCCCCAACUACUGUUAUUCAAAUUGAAAAUAGUAAUUCAGCAGAUGAUGAACCAACUUUCCAAAUCAAGGCAUUACAAGCUUUGGGUAGCGACACCCUCAUCAAAGUUAUGAGUGGUUUAUUGGUAUGUUUGUUGGGUGUGAGCAUUUGGACAGUGAUGGCAAGCACCUAUAUGACAGCCAUUAGUCUCAUUCAAUGGAGAGAUGAAAUCCACAUUGCCAUUAGUGUUUUGUGUUUUGUUGCUACACUUGUAUUGGCUGUCAAGGUUUCUUGGACCUAUAAGGUGUACAAACCUCUCAAUCAAUCGAGUAAUACUAAUAGCAACACUCCAACAAGUCCAGAAAAGAAGAAAUUCAAAAAGUCUCGUCUCAUUAUCUUUGCUUUGAGAAUUGGCUUGCCAUUCUGUUUGGUUUCCAUCAGUGUUCUCCUCAAUGCUAUGCAACUUACUCUCCUUGCUGGUUUAUUUGCCUCUUUCCCAACUAUUUACAUGACCACAUUAUUUACAUUGUGGAUUGGUAAUGAAGACGAAACAUUGGCUGUUGAAUCUGUUGGUCCAAUGAUGUUGGGCUCAUGCUCUGUAAGCUUGUAUUCAAUGAUUGCUUGUCCAACUAUGUUCUCAUGGAAUCUUUUGGCAGGUGCUUUUGUUGCCUAUGGUUGUGCAGUUGUUGGUAUCAACAUUCCUGCUUUCUUCUAUUUGAGAUGGAGAAAGAUUGUUGGUGAAAAGAGUAUGAAUAAGGCUCAAUUCUUGAUUGAAGAAGGUAACUCUGAAACCAAGUUACAAGCUCUCAAAUUGCAAGAUAGCAUGUCCUCUCCAGUACAAAACUAUACAGAGUAUACUCACGAUGAUAUGGAACUCUCAGCAACUGAUUUCCCUUCAAACAAGUUGUCGUUUGGUAGUUCUAUUGGAUCAAAAUCUGUGGAUAGCAUUUCAAGUCUUGAAAGUGCUGAAACUUGUUCCAUGGAAAGAUCACACAGCAGUGAAAGUUUACAUUCAGUCAUUUCAGAUAUUGAAGUUUAAUAAAUAACAAAUAAAUUGAAAAUAAUAAUGAUGUCAAA